AUGGCUCCCAUCAAGGUUGGCAUCAACGGAUUCGGCCGUAUCGGCCGUAUCGUCUUCCGCAACGCCGUCGAGCACCCCGAUGUCGAGAUCGUUGCCGUCAACGACCCCUUCAUUGAGACCAAGUACGCUGCCUACAUGCUCAAGUACGACUCUACCCACGGCAUCUUCAACGGCGAGAUCAAGCAGGAGGGCAACGACCUUGUCGUCAACGGCAAGACCAUCAAGUUCUACACUGAGCGUGACCCCGCUGCCAUCCCCUGGAAGGAGACCGGCGCCGACUACGUCGUUGAGUCCACUGGUGUCUUCACCACCACCGACAAGGCCAAGGCCCAUCUUCAGGGCGGUGCCAAGAAGGUCAUCAUCUCUGCUCCCUCUGCUGAUGCCCCCAUGUACGUGAUGGGUGUCAACGAGAAGUCCUACGACGGCAGCGCCGACGUUAUCUCCAACGCUUCUUGCACCACCAACUGCUUGGCUCCCCUCGCCAAGGUCAUCAACGACAAGUUCACCAUCGUUGAGGGUCUCAUGACCACUGUCCACUCCUACACUGCUACCCAGAAGACCGUUGACGGUCCCUCCGCCAAGGACUGGCGUGGUGGCCGUACCGCUGCUCAGAACAUCAUUCCCAGCAGCACCGGUGCCGCUAAGGCUGUCGGCAAGGUCAUCCCUGAGCUCAACGGCAAGCUCACCGGCAUGUCCAUGCGUGUCCCUACUGCCAACGUCUCCGUUGUUGACCUGACUGCCCGCAUUGAGAAGGGUGCCAGCUACGACGAGAUCAAGGAGGCCAUCAAGGAGGCCGCUAACGGUCCCCUCAAGGGCAUUCUCGCCUACACUGAGGACGACGUUGUCUCCACUGACAUGAUUGGCAACCCCAACUCCUCCAUCUUCGAUGCCAAGGCCGGUAUCUCCCUGAACAACAACUUCGUCAAGCUGGUCUCCUGGUACGACAACGAGUGGGGAUACUCCCGCCGUGUCCUCGACCUCCUGGCCCACGUCGCCAAGGUCGAUGCCUCCAAAUAA